AUGAAUAAUUUAAGUACUAUUUUGUUUGUUGGGUUGUUGGGUCUUUCCCUCCUGGAGAUCCGCGUCACGGACAUUCAGCCCAGGCGCGACGCCGCCGGCGUCACCUCGCUCUUGUGCGCCGCCGCGCUGCUCGAGCCCAAGGAGCUAGUCUUGGCCCUCCCGUCGGGCUACAUGGGCAAUCUCUCGCCCUUGUUCUUCCUGCAGCUUCCAGACCACGUCAGGUUCCAUGAACUCGAGACACUGUCCCUCUUGGGCUGCCACGUGCGCUUCGACUCCUUGCUCCCCUGCUGCCCACGCCUGCGCGUGCUAAGGCUAAAGUUCAAUGACCGUUGGGGCCACAACAGCAUCAGAUCCUUCAUGUCACUCCACUCCACGUCGCUGCAAGAGAUUUGUGUGGAUGUCGAGAAUGUAAGCAUAGAUACCGUCGACCUUGUUGCUCCCGAGCUUAAGAAAUUGACUGUGUCCUUGAAGGCUUUCCGGGAGGUCAACAUCUCUAUCUUGGCACCAAUGCUUGAGAAGCUCUCAUGGAAAUGCUCCUACUCCUUUAUCAACUUUGGUCCUUGGAGGAUUGCAAAGUUGUGGCUGCAGAAGGCGGAGAGACAAGGAGAGCUCCCUUCAUUGCUCAUCCAUGCCCGCAUUAGCUCGUCCAUUGUUCAUGGUGAAGCGGAGAACUCUACGCAAGAGAUAGAGAAACAUAUGCUCGCAAAGUUCUCUGUUUUGGAGCUACAUCUCAGGCCAAAGGGACAUGCUUUUGGAGCAUUCAUGUUUCAUCUCCUUGGGAUGAAUCGGUUUUUUAGGGCCACGCAGAGGCUCAAGGUUGUCCUACAGAGAUCCGCGUUGAAGCAAGAAUGCCCACUAGAUUGUGCUUGUGACCACCCGGACUGGAGAUCCCGAACUAGCUCCUUGACCGCUCUCGAAGAAGUGGAGAUCAGUGGCUUUCAGGGAUACGAUCAUGAGAUCGAUUUCUUGAAACUGAUACAUCGGUACUUGCAUGUCAUCGACAGCGCCGACGAGAUGAUGGUGCAGCUGUUCACGAAGGAGCUGAACGCUCAGGCUGUUCUGCGGCAACAACAGCAGCUGAUUCUGACGAACAUGCUGCGUGUUCGCCAGCCUUUCUUCGUCGUGCCUCGGCGCGGCGGCUCAAAGCUAGGCAAGAGGAGGAACAUAAACCGGCAUCGCAAAGCCGGCGCAAUGCUGUUUGACGCCGACUACUUCAACAACGACGCAACUCAUUCGCCGAAGGAAUUUCGGCGCCGGUUUAGGAUGAACAAGGAGCUGUUUUUGAAGAUUGUCCACGGCGUCAGGGAGUACGACAAGUACUUCAUGGCCAAAAAACAUUGCACAGGUUUGUGA